UCCAGAAUGAGGUGCUUUGUGUUGCUCCUGGCUGUCCUUGCCAUCUCUCAGAGCCAUGCGCUCACCAGGAUCCCUCUGCACAAAGGGAAGUCUCUGAGGAACACCCUGAAGGAGCGUGGGCUGCUGGAGGGCUUCCUGAGGACGCACCAGUCUGAGUUCAGUGAGAAGGGCUUCGGCAGCGGCAUCGUGGCCAGUGAGCCUCUGACCAACUACCUGGAUAGUGAGUACUUCGGAACGAUCUACAUCGGGACACCGCCCCAGGAGUUCACGGUGGUGUUUGACACAGGCUCCUCAGAGCUCUGGGUGCCCUCUGUCUACUGUAACAGCAGAGUCUGCAAAAAACACCACCGCUUUGACCCGUCCAAGUCCUUCACCUUCCAGAACCUGAGCAAGCCCCUGUUUGUCCAGUACGGCACUGGGAGAGUACAGGGUUUCCUGGGCUACGACACUGUCACAGUCUCUGACAUUACAGUUACCCACCAGACUGUGGGCCUGAGUACCCAGGAGCCAGGUGACAUCUUCGUCUUCUCUCCAUUCGAUGGCAUCCUGGGGCUGUCCUACCCUUCUCUUGCCUCCAAGUAUUCAGUGCCCAUAUUUGACAACAUGAUGAACAGGCACCUGGUCGCCGAAGACCUGUUCUCUGUCUACAUGAACAGGAAUGACCAGGGGAGCAUGCUCACGCUGGGAGCCAUCGAUCAGUCCUACUUCGUAGGCUCGCUGCACUGGGUGCCUGUGACCGUGCAGGGAUAUUGGCAGUUCACAGUGGACAGGAUCACCAUCAAUGAUGUAGUGGUGGCUUGUCAAGGUGGCUGCCCUGCCGUUCUGGACACAGGCACUGCCCUGCUGGCGGGCCCUGGCGGCGACAUCCUCAACAUCCAACAGGCCAUUGGGGCUGUGCAGGGCCUGUAUGGCCUGUUUAAAGUCAACUGCUGGCGUUUGGGGAUGAUGCCCACAAUUGUCUUUGAGAUCCACGGCAGGAUGUUUCCACUGCCACCCUCGGCCUAUAUCAACCAGGAACCGGGCUCCUGCACCAGUGGUUUCAAGUUUGGUUCCCAGAUGUGGAUCCUAGGGGACGUUUUUAUCCGGGAGUUCUACAGUGUUUUCGACAGGGCCAACAAUCGUAUUGGGUUGGCCAAGGCUAUCUGAUUAUACAACUACACCAGAUUGUGUUUUACACACACACAC